AUGAAUGAUAGCGACACUAAAAAGUUCAGAGAUAUAAGCGAGAGAAUCCAAGGAAAAUAUAUACCUGUUAUAAAAUUUGGUGGAACAAAUAAGUACAUAAAUAAAAAUUACAAAAAUUAUAAUGAUGAAACAAAUAACAUAAGUUAUACUAGAGAUGAUUUCAAUAAAAGUAAUAUUGAUAUAUAUCAUGAUAAUAAAUAUGGUAUUAAUAAAGUUUGUUUUUCUCCCCAAGGAAAAUAUAUAGCAGGAUGUGGAACUAAUGGUGUUAUUUAUUUAUACGAUUUAUACGAAAAUAAACUGUUAACUAAAAUAUGUACUCAUAUUGAUAAUAUAAAAGAUAUAGCAAUAAGUGAUAAUGAUAAAUAUAUAUAUGCAUGUGGUGAUAAUAGAAUUAUAGAGAUAUUUGAUAUAUAUGAAAACAGAAAGAUUUGUAACAAUAAUAUUUCAAAAUAUGUUGAUGUAUCAAUACCUAAUGUUAUUAAAAAGAAAAAUUAUAAAAAUGGAAAUUUUUCGGAUAAUAAUAUUAUAGAAGGAAUUAAUAGUUUAAAUCAUAAUAUUCUAGAAAAUACCUAUUCACCUUAUAAAACCAAGUAUAUUGAUUUUACAAAUAACAAAUUAAUAUAUGUUCCAAUAUAUAAUUAUAAUGAUUUAAUAAAAAAUAAUAUAAAUAUGAUAGAUUUAAAUUGUAUUAAACUAAAUAACAUAAAUGAAAUUAUAAAUAAACCAGCAUUUCUUAUUAAAGACUCUCAUGAACAUAUAACUUCUUGCUUAUCAAUUCCGAAUAUAAGUAACUUCUUAAUUUACUCUGGAGGAGGAGAUGGAAUAUUAAAAAUAUGGGAUAUAAGGAUGAAUUUAUUUAAUAUACAUCAAAAUAAUUAUAGUAAACCUAAUUCUGAAGUUUUGUUCUUAGAUAACAAAAAUCCAUAUGCUUCUAUAUGCUCCCAUGAAGAUACAAUAACAAGCAUAAGUUUCAAUAAAACUAUAGAUUAUGAAAAUUGUCUUAAACUAAAAAAAGAAAAAAAAAAAAAAAAAACAGGAGAGGAUAUAUAUAAUAUAAAAUAUGAAAAAGAAAUAAGUGAGGAAACAAAAGAAAGCAGCUGCGUUGAUGAAAAUAAAAAUAAUUCUUCUUUUUCUUCGUCAUGCUCUUCUAUUUCCUAUUCAUCCCUGAAUUUUGAUCUUUCUAAAGAUAAAUUAAAUAACAUUUUUAUGACUAGUGGAUAUGAUGGAUACAUUAGAUUAUAUGAUAUGAAUAAUAAUAUAAUUAAAUCAUUCAGUGAUGAAGAAAAAAGUAUUACACACUGUAUGUUUUGCCAUAACAAUAAAUAUAUCAUUAGUACAAAUAAAUCGAAAUAUUCUAAAAUUUUUGAUUUUAUAUACAUGAAUAAUAAGAAGAGUGCUAAAAAUAUGAAAACAUAUUUAAAAAAUUAUAAAAACUAUUAUUUAAACAAUUUAAAAAGUGACAAUAAAACAUUAAAUAAUACUUGUGAUAAUGAAAAUAUAUAUGAAGAUAAUUUUUCUAAUGAAAUAUAUAAUGAUAAUGCAUUGAUAUCAUGUAACAUUAAAAAUAUUUAUGAAGACGAAGAUUUAAAAGAACAAAUUAAAAUUGUAAAUGAAUUAAAUAGAAAAAUAAGUAAUGAUGAAAAUAGAGAUAUUCCUAAUAAUGAUUCAAAUGAAAGGAUGGAUGGUUCAGAAUAUAGUUAUUCCAAUAGUGAUUCAAGCGUAUAUGACGAAAGCAUAAUAAGAACAAACACAUUUUAUGAGCAUGUUAAUAAAAAAUUAGAACCAACAUGGUCUCUAUUUGUAGAUAAUUUUAAAUAUAUGAAUCUUGUACCUUUUGAAGAACUGAAUGAAAGCUUAAAAAAAAAUCAUAAUUAUGUUAAAAAGUAUUAUAAAAAUUUAAAUUGUAAUGAUUAUAUAAGUAGCGAAAAGGAAAAUGAUCACAUAAGCUCAGAUCAUAAGGAUAUUUUAUAUUAUCAAUUAUCAGAAAUUAUAUAUAAUGAUACUCAUAUUCCAAAAUUUUAUUCUUGUGUAUCAGGAGAUAAAUGUAUAAUUCCUUCUAUUGAUACUUAUGCACAUGUAUAUGAUAUAUAUACAGGUUUUCAUGUAAAUUCUAUAAACAAUCUUUAUUUGCCAAACUACUAUAUUGAUAAUUCUCAAUUAUACUAUGAGGAAAAUCAUCAAAUUUUUAAAAAAAAUAUAUCUUUUUUAACUAGUGCUGAUGCAUAUCCUAAAAAUCAAAAUAUUAUUGCAACUUCAAAUGGAUGGCCAGAUGGAUCUAUUGUUCUAUGGAUUUUUGUACCAUUUUGA